AUGGAGGCAGAGCUACCUAAGCGAGUGUAUGCAGAGGGCAUGGAACCUCAGGUGAAGAAGAUCAACAAUUGCUGCCGCAUGCAACUCAUCAGGGAUCUGAAGAAAGCUAUGUCUGCGGAGUAUGAUGAUGUGAAGAAAGAUCCUCUUUUCACACACAUCAUGGCUAUUGCGGAAAAUAAGCUUCAGUUCUCGGGGAAACUGGUGGAUAGCUUCUUAUGCAGGCAGCUGAUUACCUCAAAGAAGCAUGAGAAGUGGUUUGUAUUUGGGAGGACGCCUCUCCGGUUUUCGCUUCAGGAGUACCACGCUGUGACAGGCCUAAAGAUUUCUCGGGAAGAUAGCACAGGCGUAGUUACUUUUAAACCCGACGGGGGGUUUUGGAGUGAGCUAGUAAGGAGAGGUGGUAAGAUAAGCUUGCAGUCGAUCAAGAAGGAACAUCUUCAACAAGUGAACACCUGGACCCGAGUUGAUAGGAUCCGUUUGAUCUACUUGUGCGUGAUCAUGGGAGUGGUGAUGGGGCGUAAUGAGAAGGUGAACAUCCCUCAUAUGUAUAUUAAGUUGGUGAUGGAUCUUGACAAGCUUCGGAAGUUCCAUUGGGGUCUUCACUCCUAUGACUUUCUGCUCAGUUCCAUUGAGAAGGCUAGGAAGAGGUUGGGUAAGAAGGGCAGCUACAUUUUCGAGGGUUUCUCAUAUGCUAUCCAGAUUUGGCUUAUGGAAGCAAUUCCGGAUUUUGGAGAAAUAUGUGGCAAGAGAGUCUCAGACAGCUUCAGAGGUCCAAUGUGUGGCAAUUGGAAAGGAGUUGCAAAAGUUUCUUAUCAUGACGUCACAAAACUUGAAGACUCUUUUACUGACAAGAGUGUCUUGUUCUCCGUCAUCUCAGUGAGUGGUAAUGAUGUCUUGCUCGAUCAAAUCUACAGAAGGAAGGGUGAGAUGGAAGAUGAACGAGUCGACCUUAUCCUGGAGAGGAUAAGGACAAAGUUUGAUUGGAGCAACACAGACUGGGAAGUUAUAGAAGCUGAAGACACUGUAAUGGAGGAAGCUGUGACGGAUGAUAUUGAUGCAGAAGCUGCUAAUAUGGGCGAGGAUACUGCAGUUGUAGCAGACGAGGAGACCUCUUCGGUUGAGGUUACAGGAAAAGGCAAGAGAAAGAAGUUUCAUUGA